GACUACUCUACUGGAGAGCAGGUCAGGCCAGCGCAGGGCGUCCCCAACUUCCCCACCGCGCGGCCACUUCCGAGACGCGAUGGCCGCCGGACCUUCGCCGCUGGCCGGCGGCGUCGGCGACCGGGGCUCCUCCUCCUCCUCCUCUGCCUCGCACCACCACAGCCACCACCACCACCAGCACCCGCCUCCGCCGCCGCCGCCCAAGAUCCUCCUCGCCAAGCCGCCGCUGCCGCACGCCGCCUCGUCCUCGGGCGCCGACGACGACGGCGGCGGCGGGGGAGGCGGGGGCGCGGGGGGCCGCGCGCGCCAGGCGACGCAGCCGGGGUCGCUUAGCCUCGUCUCCGACGCGUGGGAGGCCCACACCGACAAGAUCCUCCCGUAUUUGACGGAGAACAAUGAUUUCAUGGUGAUUGGGGUAAUUGGCCCACCUGGUGUAGGCAAGUCCACCAUCAUGAAUGAGCUUUAUGGAUAUGAUGCAAGCUCACCUGGCAUGCUUCCUCCUUUUCCUACACAAACUGAGGAAACCAAAUUGAUGGGGAAACACUGUACUACUGGUAUUGACAUCAGGAUAUCUAAUGAGCGAGUUAUACUCCUUGACGCUCAGCCAGUGUACAGUCCCUCUGUUCUAAUCGAUAUGAUGAGGCCAGAUGGUUCAUCCACAAUUCCUGUCCUUAAUGGUGAACCCUUAUCAGCAGACUUAGCCCAUGAGCUAAUGGGAAUCCAGCUUGGUGUUUUCUUGGCAUCUGUUUGUAAUAUAGUGUUGGUCGUGUCAGAAGGGAUGAAUGAUUUGUCCAUGUGGGAGCUCAUGCUUACAGUUGAUUUAUUGAAGCACAACAUACCUGAUCCAUCCGUGUUGACGUCUUCAGCCUCCCAAGACAAGGAAAACAAAAAUGAUGACCAAUUGGGCAGUGAAGACUAUAUUUCUGAUCUCUGUUUUGUGCAUGCGAGGUUGCAGGGACAAGAUUUUUCUCCUUCAAAGCUCAUGCUUCUAAGGAAAACUCUUGAGAAGCACUUCAACUCGUCCUCUUUUAGAAUCAGGAGCUCUAAUGCAACAGGUCAAGCUUCUGAUUCGUUGGUCUCUUCGAGCUCAAAAGUUGAAGACUUGACCUCCGGUCGUCAGGACAUAUUUCUUCUUCCACUGAGAGGACAGGAUAACUCGACAAAGUUUGAGUAUGGAACAUACUCGUGCAUGCUAGGGAUGCUUCGCGAUCAGAUCCUGUCAUGGCCGGCGAGGUCAUUCUCGAAGAACCUCUCAGAGCGCGACUGGCUGAGAAGCUCAGCAAAGAUCUGGGACAUGGUGAAGAAGUCCCCCGUCAUCUCGGAGUACUGCAAGGCGCUCCAGAGCUCAGGAUUGUUUAGGAAGUAGCGGUAGUCUAGUCUAGUAGCUACUUGUUGGUCUACGCCCGCUUUGGCUUGCUGACUUGGAAAAAUUAAACCAAAGAAUCGGCAUUAGAUCAGAUGGACCUGCUCUGUCUUGCAAUGUUAAUAUGUUUCUUGGUAGCGCCGUUUGUUCUGUUUAUAAUUGACUUUGAGAUACACCACUGUAUGUUUUGUUAGCACCAGAUUAGUUGUUGGACAAGCUGUUUGUGAUAAGCUCUGAGUCAGCGACAGCAUAUGGCAGUCGCCAGUAUUCAGUUUCGUGCA